AUCACUAACACAGACUCCGUCUCAACAAUGUCGAGAGGGACAGACCGUCUCCUGAAGAACCUGAAGCAAUUCGCAGACGCGCAGUACCAGCACUUCUCCACUCGCUAUGGCCAGCAAGUGAUUGACAUUUUGGAGUUCCCGAUAAAGGUCGUGUUGUCUCCCUUCACUCUCGCUUUCGACAUCGCCGGCUCUGCCCCUCGUGGAUUUGGUGUCCCCGAGCUCAUCUCUAAGAUAUCAUACGCUACUGUAUUUGCUGUUGCAGCCUUUGGGACCUAUGAUAUUGCUCUGGAGCUUGGGAAGAAGGUGGUCUGCCAGAGAAAUUGUCGAACCUGCAACGGAUGGCAGGCAUUGCGGUGUACUAUGUGCAGGGGAUCAGGAAAAGUGCACUAUCAAGUGAAAAAUUAUACGUUGAGAAGUGGAGAGAAGGCGACAGCUGAAUGUGUUGCUGAUGCCAUUGCUGACAAUCGGGCUGAGCUGGUGCACCUUCCAUCUACGCUGGAUCUUAAUACACAUUUGCCAUCUAAAGACUGUCCAACUUGUGAUGGCACGGGUGUGAUGGGCUGCCCUGAAUGCCAACACAAGUUACAAGUCAGGAUCUCUGCAGAUGAUAUUAUGGAGCCUCCAUGGACAGCCUACAAUAUCAUGAAAAAGAUGGACUAUCCGUAUGAGCAUAUAGUUGACAGCAUGAGAGACCCCAGCAUUGCUGCAUUUUGGCUGUUUACUUUGCCUCAGAUUGUGGGUGGAUUCAACUAUGACGAUGAUGUCAAGCAAAAAAUCUGGUGGCAAUAUCAGGAAUCAAUGAGGUAUGAUCAACUUCGAGAUGUGGUAGCAAAGCGAAAACCUGGGUGGGAGCACGUGCAGCAAGCCUUGAUUUCCCUCGAUCCUGUCCGUGCUAGGGAAGAUCCAGUCAUAGUGAAAAACAUACCAUACUACAAGGCCAAGAAGGCACUGGAGGCGGAAGUCAUGAAUCUCAACCCUCCACCGCGACCACAAAAUUGGGGUGAUCUGGACCUUCCACUGAAUUCAUCUUCUUGGAAUGAAGAGGAUCUCAAAGAUCCAGAGAAAUUUUAUGAGAUGACCGUGCUACUUAAUGCCCAAAGAGAAAUAGCUGAUAAAAUUCUGGAUACACAAUGGGAAACUAAAUGGCGUCAAGAAAAGUUGAAUGAGCUGUUGGAGGAGAAGAUGCAGCCAUACAUGCAGAAUGCUGAAAAUGGUGUCCUUUCUCAGCCCAUAGUAAUGCAAUCACAAGAUAUGAAUCAGAAGAGGACUCGACGUCGGAGAUGGGGGAUUUUCUAAUGGAGUCACAUCGGCUACUGUAUUGUAAAAGAUCUCAUGACAUACACAAUUUUCAUCUAUGAUAUUUUGAAGUUCUUCACUCAGGUAGGUUGCUACCCUCUUCUUCCCUGAACGAACAUGCUGAGAAUUUGAUGUAUGAUAUAGUAAGUCGAUCUCCCUUUUUGCUGCACCUGAAUCUUUAUUUUUAUUAGAACAAAAUGUAAAAUAAUUGAGAACUGAUGAAAAUGUUGACUUAGAAAAAUGAAGAUAUACUAAGAAAUAAAAUGCAACAAAUGGCAGGCUGGAGUGGAGAGCAUAUCUUGUUGGGAUGAGAGUGAAAAAUUGUUGAGUUGGGUUGAGCCAAACUAUAUUGUUUUGGGUUUUCAUUGAGCUCUUGAUGUGUUUGUUUAGGUUUUUAUCGAACUCGAGCUGAGCUUUUAAUGAGCUUAUUAUGGUUUUGUGUUUGUAUUCGGAUCAAACUGAAGGAGUUUGUAUUAUUGAGUGAUUCAUGAGCUCGA